AUGAAGUGGCUGAUCCUCGCCCUCGUCUGCCUCCACCUCUCUGAGGGACUCGUGAAAAUCCCUCUGAAGAAGGGCAAGUCCAUAAGGGAAGUGAUGAAGGAGAAGGGGGUGCUGCAGAAGUACCUGAAGGAGCACCGCCGCUAUGACCCUGCCUACAAAUUCUUCAACAAAUUUUCCACUAUCUACGAACCCCUGGCCAACAACCUGGACAUGUCCUACUUUGGGGAGAUCAGCAUUGGGACCCCUCCCCAGAACUUCUUGGUGCUCUUCGACACCGGCUCCUCCAACCUGUGGGUGCCCUCCGUGUACUGCAAGAGCGAGGCCUGCGUCGCUCACGCCAUGUUCCACCCCGGCGAGUCCUCCACGUAUUCCACCCAGGACCAGUACUUCGCCAUUGAGUACGGAAGCGGCAGCCUCACCGGGAUUUUUGGCUAUGACACUGUCACAAUCCAGGACGUUUCCAUCACAAACCAGGAGUUUGGCCUGAGCGAGACCGAGCCUGGCACCAGCUUUUUGUAUUCUGAGUUUGAUGGCAUCCUGGGUCUGGCCUAUCCUUCCCUUUCUGCUGGGGGUGCCACCACCGUCAUGCAGGGCCUGCUGCAGGAGAACCUGCUUGACGAGCCCCUCUUCAGCUUUUACCUGAGUGGGCAGGAGGGCACUGACGGAGGUGAGCUCGUCCUGGGAGGUGUCGACUCCAGCCUGUACACGGGAGACAUCACCUGGACUCCCGUCACUCUGACUGAGUACUGGCAGAUUGCCAUCGACAGCUUCUCUAUCAGCGGCGAGACCACCGGCUGGUGCAGCGACGGCUGCCAGGCGAUCGUCGAUACAGGAACCUCCCUCCUCACUGCUCCCCAGGACAUCUUUUCUGAGCUGAUGGAGUACAUUGGAGCUGAAUCUGAUGACGACGGCCUGUAUGUGGUUAGCUGCAGCGACAUCGACAGCCUGCCCACCCUCUCCUUCGUCAUCGGUGGCACCAGCUUCCCCUUGACCCCCUCUGCCUACGUUCUCGAGAGCAGCGGCACGUGCACCAUUGGGAUCGAGGAGACCUACGUGUCAUCCGAUAACGGGCAGCCCCUGUGGAUUCUUGGGGACGUCUUCCUGAGGUCUUACUACUCCAUCUACGACGUGGGCAACAACAAAAUGGGCUUUGCCACUGCUGUGUAA